AUGUCUUUCCCGUUUCCUGUCAGUAAAGCAUCGGGCUCCAAGGACGCAGAGCAUGAAGACAAGCCACAGAAAUAUGCGCCGGGAGUUGUCUUGGACAAGGAUGGGAAACCAUGUCGAACCUGUACCUCCUCUGCCGCGUGGAUGGCAAUGAUGAAGCAGAGCGGCAAAAAAACAAAAGCUGCGGCUCCAGUCCCUCCUCCGCGAACCGAAUGCCCACCUGACGUCGAGGAGCUCGGGCGCUGUACGUGGACACUACUGCACAGCAUUGCCGCUACAUAUCCGGAAGCUGCGCCUCCCGAGACUCAAUCGGUCAUGAAGCAAUUCAUUUCCACUUUCUCUAUGCUCUAUCCUUGCUGGGUCUGCGCGGAAGAUUUUCGAGACUGGAUGAAAAAGCCCGGGAACGAACCCAAGGUCAAAGGCCAAGAUGACCUGGGUAUGUGGAUGUGUCAAGCUCACAACGCGGUGAAUGUGAAGCUGGGCAAGCCCGAGUUCGACUGCAGUCUCUGGAAGCAGAGGUGGAAAGAUGGGUGGAAGGAUGGACGAUGCGAUUGA